AUGGUCUGGAAGCUGAAUAAAAGCUUAUAUGGACUGAAGCAAGCCCCUCUGUGUUGGAACAAGAAGCUUGUUGACAAGUUGGAAGCACUAGGUUACAAAGCUGCCAAAAGAACCCUGUCUCUUUACAAGAUUAAUGGCAAAGACUUCAGUAUUAUAGGUCUUUAUGUUGACGACAUCUUAACGGCGUCAAAUGUACCGGGAGAAUUCGAGCGUUUUUUCAAGGGCCUAUCUGGUUACUUUGCCAUCAAAGAUGAAGGUGGUGUUAACAAAUUCUUGGGAAUCAGAGUCCAGGACUCCGACAGGACAAUAUCUCUGGAUCUGGAACAUUAUAUUGCUGACAUGAUUGAGGUUUUCAAAUUGAGUAAUCAAACAGCUAAGUCGAUACCCAUUCUUGGCAAGCUACAGUUUGCUGCACAGACGGCCCGUCCGGACAUUGCCUACGCUACAGGCAAGCUUGCUCAGUAUGCGAGUGACCCUAGAGCUAUUCAUAUGGAUAGAGCAUAUCAUGUUCUGAGCUACCUCAAAGGCACCAAGGACCUGGCAAUUGUCUAUCACAAAAAUGUACCAGGGCCUCUCCGCGGCUUCUGA